UCUACAACAAACACAGAUGAAGAAUCUGAUGAUAAAGACAGUCAUGACAGUAUUGUACACCAUGAAGACAGUGGAAGUUCUAAUGUACACAGUUCAAAUAUUCUGUCACAUGGCAAGUCAACAAACCCUGGAUAUUCUUCUGACUUCCUUUCUGCUGACAAUAAUGCACCAUCAAUGAAUGACCUUGACUUACUUUCAACAGAGCAGAACAUACUAAAAUAUACUGAAAGGGAUGAUUUUAAACAAGGCAGUUUAUUGUGUGAAUCUAGUUUACUUGAAAGCAAAAAGAAAAUGUGUGACGGCAGUUCACCUACUGAGCAAGUGCUGUCUUCUAAACUUCAGAUGACUAAGAAAUGCUUUGUUAGUCUGAAGAGAUUUUGUAUUUCUAAACUGAAAGGUGGAAGAUUUAAAGUAGGACAACCUGGUCACAUAGGCAGAAAAAGGAAUAAUAGUAAAGAAAACAAAAGGGCAGAAUAUGAGAUUUCAGGUUUGGAGACUGUGCUGGAAUCAUCUUCUGCAUUAAAUAUGAAUCUAAUAUUUAGUGAUGUGAUGGAGGAUCAAUUAGAAGUUGACACGGUUGAUGACACAAUUAAACAGCAAUAUAAAGAGGCAUUAAAAGACAGAGUAAAACUACAACAACUACCAGAUUUAUCACAGAAUGUUUUAUGUACUGAGACAAUUGUACAAGAUGAUAUUCCAGUACUACCACCACCACCUCCACCACCAAAAUUGAGAGUUCCGUCACUCCCACCAAACUGGGAAAGUGCCAACGACUUGGAAGGCAAUGUGUACUAUUAUCAUGCUAAAACGAGACAAACUCAGUGGUCGCUACCAAUUUGGGAUGAUUAUAACAGUCAAAAUGAUGUAUAUAUUAGGACUUCUCUGGAUGAAGAUAAGACAGCAACAAGAAAUGACAAUACAAAAAGUGUGACAGGAGAUUUUCUAAGUAUGGGAACAAAAUCUGAAGUAAUACCGCCUAAUGUAUCAGAUGAUUCAGAAUCUACUAUGUAUACAGCAACCCCACUGCCAAGUAUGAAUGAAGAUGACCUAUUGGCAAAAGUCUGUAUUUCAGAAUUAUGGAAGUGGGACAAAGUUGACAAGAAUGUCACAGUUGGAAAAAUUGAGAACAUCAAUGUAACAUUGGAAAGCUUAUUUUUUAUGAGAGGCUUUUUGCCAGAUGAG